GAGCCGGGGCCGCGGGAGACAGCGCCGGCGCGGUGUGUGUGUGAGCCCCGCUCGCUCUGCGCUGCUGCGAUCCUUUGUCUGCUGUGCCGCUUUCCCCUCCUCCCUCGCUCCUUUCCUCCCUCCUCCCUUCCCUCUCCCUCCCUGCGUUCCCCUCUCUCUCCCAGGCUUCAAGCGCUGCUGCAGCUGCAGGUUUGUAAAUACUGGACCAACACACACACACACACAACAUGGCUGACGCUCGCCCUGCUCCUCCACCAGGGUCUCCGCCUUCUCCCUCAGUCUCCGCUGCUUAGCCGCUCCUCCGUGUAGGCUUUUGUUUCUUCCCCCCUCCCCCUUCAUCGCCCAUCCAAAAAAAAAAAAAAAAAAAAAAAAAAGGAAAAACAAUUCACCCUCCUUAUUUGCGGGCAUGGCGGGAUUUCAAGGAGUACUGUAAUUGAAAGUGCAUCUUCUACAUUUGAGGAAAGACAAGUUCUUGAUUGCAUGGUGGAUUAGUAAGUGAUUGUCUCAUCCUAAGGCUAGAAAGAAGAUAUCCUGGAAGUUGGAAAGAACUGGAUUUUCACCCUAGUCCAGCAGCUUUGCUGCUCACUUAAACACAGAUGAAUGAAGACCCCAUUUGGAAAAUCACCAGGUCAGCGGUCCAGAGCUGAUGCAGGUCAUGCGGGAGUGUCUGCCAGCAUGAUGAAGAAAAGAACAUCCCACAAAGAAAGGAGUGUAUGAUGGGAAGACUAUCAGAGCUUACAGCCUGCAAGAUAAAGAAGAGGAUCAGAAACUUCUGGGAAUUGAAGGGCUGUUUACAGUGAGGAUGUGUCUGAUGUGUCAAGAACUAUUACCAGGACUUGAUAUUUUCUGGUUUUCCUGGCUUCAUGUCUUACGUGUCUAAUUGUUUUCAAAUAUUCAAGAGCAAAUGUCUGUGGAAAUUUUAAAGACUGUGUUAAUUAAUGAAAGAGAAAGAAAAAUGGUGUUGGAUCUUCUGCAUAGAGUAUCAUAGAAGGUUAUUUGUGUAACUUGAUUUAUUACAAAAAUGCCACAACAUUGAGGAAAGGAGAGUUGGUUACUUGGUUGUCUUACAUGGAAGUACGAUCAUAACUUACUUUUUAAUAGUUAAAAUUUUUUGCUUGUUUUCUUACCAUGUUCAGAUGCAAGAAGUAGGUGUUCCUUGAUAAUAUACUAGUUUGAAUAUCUAAUUUCUUACAGCAUGAAUCACUUCAAAUGAGAAGUGAGCAGCUGUUCCAUAAUGCAACCUUAAAGCAAAAAUUUGAACUGCAAGUACACCUAGUGGGUACUUGACUUGUAAUUAAAUUCCUAAUGCUCUUCGCUCUAUGAGGCAUUUUAAAUGUAGUUACCUGUUUGAACUUAGUUAUGUUGUCUUCUUCCAUAGAAUGAGUGUAAAGCUUUUUGCCUUAUUGUUCCAAAUUAAAGUGCAUUAUGCUUUGUAGGCAAAAAGUAAAGUUGACUGUGAGUUUGAAUAUCAAUAGCUUUGCAAUCCUUUUCAAAGAUGAAAUUAUGAGCAACAUAUACUGCUUACACUAGACAAAGCAACAUCAGUUUAAGCUUCUUUUAUUUCUAUUUGAUUUUAUUCCCUUCAGAAUGAAGCAGUGUUCCAUUAGCACUAAUUAAAUAAAUGGAAAACAAAACAAACUCAAUUUUAUGUGCUGAGAACCAGAUCUCUGAUCUUAUUUUAUAAAGUGAGCUAUUACUGACUUACUACAAUUAGAAACAUAUAUAUAUUCUUGUGCAGAACUAGAAUUUGAAAAUGCAUUCUAGUUUUUUGCAUAAAAUUACAAACAGCUUAGUGGGAGAGUCUCUCUUUACAGGAACUCAAACCUGUUCCAUUUAUCUGUGCUAUCAAGGUUAGGAAUGCAAAACUGCAGUCUGAUCUUUGAAAACCUCAAAUGAUAACAUAAGUGAAAUUUGAAAACACCCUUGCUAAGGUCUUCAUGGUUAUUUAAAAUCUGGAGGUGGGACAAGUAUUGAAGUUAAUUGUGUAUUUUGUUCUUAAUAGUUAUGAUUACAGUUAUGAUACAGCAUUGAACAUUCCAAUAUCAUAUUGCAAGUCUAUUAUUCUGAAAUACUGCUUCCAAGAUUUCAGUGGUAUGAUUGUUAUCUGUAUUUUUUUGAUCAUAUAGAGACUUCCUUGAGAGCAUUCAUCAUACCCGGAGACCUUUAUCUCUGAUCACUAUCUCUAAUCUAAGGAAGAAUAUUGCCUUCUGCAACUGAUCGUCUUUUAGAUGUUACUUUUAAGCUAGUUGUGUACAUAUACUACUGCCAUUGAAAUGAUGUGUACUACAAAUAGUAGCCCAAAAAUUUAUUUUACAACUAGUUGAUAUCCAAAAGAAUUUUGUAUAUUGUCAUAAUUCUCUGUUAGUUUCUUCCAUUUGUGUUCAAAAUAGUCAAUUUGUGUUUUUAACAGCUGGAUAAAACAAAACUUGUGUAACACUUUUGGGUGAUUUGGAACUGUCAAAUAGCUUACAUUACAGUUCAUCAAAAUAGCAACUGUUACUUACCAGAAGGAAUUUCUGUGCCAAUUCCAUAUUCCAUGAAAAUAUCAGAAGGACAUAAAAAUUACUUGAUCUGUUUUCUGCAUAAAGGAGUAUCCCUUCUAUGGCCAUUUACAUUACAUGCAAUUUUUCAUUUUCCUUGUUAAAUACAGAAGUGUUGUUGCUGUCAUGUGUCUUUAAAACUACUUGGAGUCAAAAUUAUCUGUAAAUGAAGGAGCCUAAAUUUUCUUUAGGUGAAAACAGGUCUGUUUUAGGGAAAACGAACAUUUUGAAAGAGUUUCAGUCAGCCACAUAAUGUGCUUGCACUGACUUCUUCCUCCUGGGAAGGAGUUGUUUACUGUUCUGUAGAGAGCAGCAAGGUAGUAAAGUAGCAAUACUGCCAGCUAACCAUGUGCUUUGAGACUUGAUCAGGUGAGUUUCACUUUUGACAUUCAGUGUAGCAAGGAAUAGAAUGGUUAUUUUGGCUCAAGCAAACUAGAAUUUACUGCUAGAAAACUGACUUUAUACAGCAUGUCAAAAAUGUGUCACUACUUUUAAGUGUGUUUUUCUUUUUUCCAAUAAAGAGUGAUAAGCUUUGUGCUCUAAUUUGAAAAAGGUGUGCUAAGCUAUAAAAUAUAUUGCCAUGUAAAAGCAUAUAGCUAUUUUUUUAAAGUAGAAUUUUGAAUAUGUAUAUACUUGUUUAAUAUUAAUGUUUGUAUCUGUGUACAGAAAACAUAGAAACAAUGUGGGACCAAGCAAACCUAUAUCUCAGCCACGAAGAAAUAUUGUAGGCUGCAGGAUACAGCACGGAUGGAAGGAAGGGAGUGGACCUGUAACACAAUGGAAGGGCACGGUUCUUGAUCAAGUUCCUGUAAAUCCCUCGCUCUAUCUCAUAAAGUAUGAUGGAUUUGAUUGUGUGUAUGGACUAGAACUUCACAAAGAUGAAAGAGUUUCAGCACUUGAAGUUCUUCCAGACAGAGUUGCUUCGUCUCGAAUUAGUGAUGCCCACCUGGCAGACACAAUGAUUGGUAAAGCUGUGGAACAUAUGUUUGAGACAGAGGAUGGCUCGAAAGAUGAAUGGAGGGGGAUGGUUUUGGCUCGAGCUCCUAUUAUGAACACAUGGUUUUAUAUUACCUACGAGAAAGAUCCCGUCUUGUACAUGUACCAGCUCUUAGAUGAUUAUAAAGAAGGUGACCUUCGCAUUAUGCCUGAUUCAAAUGAUUCACCUCCUGCAGAACGGGAACCAGGUGAAGUUGUGGACAGCCUGGUAGGCAAACAAGUGGAAUAUGCCAAAGAAGAUGGCUCGAAAAGGACUGGCAUGGUCAUUCAUCAAGUUGAAGCCAAACCAUCUGUCUAUUUCAUCAAGUUUGAUGAUGAUUUCCAUAUUUAUGUCUACGAUUUGGUGAAGACAUCCUAGACGUCAUCAUGAACUUUUGCCAAAUUUGUGGAACUAUUAAAUGUAAAAUUUGUAGACACAAAGACUUGACUGCUUUCCAGUUUAACGAAAGCUUAAAUGUCCCUGCGAACCCACAAUCUCUGCCAGCAAAACUGUUUUGUUCUGAGUAAUACAAACAUGACACAUUUUGUGUAAGAGAACUCCUUUUCUUGAAGGAAGUCAGUAUGUUUGGGCAGGAGGGAGUUAAAAGCAAAGAACAGCUGCAAAUUCAAGCUGUGUAAAGUUGAUCUAGUAUUGUAAUCAUUAAUCUAAAUUUUUUCAUAGAUUUUGACUUUUUCUUCAAUCUUGCACUCACUUGUUCAACUGCCACAUGCAAGUGUAGUUUGAUAUUUUGAUACGCCUUUUUUUGUAACAUUAAAUUUAAUUUCUUGGAUACUGGCAGUCCUUGUUUUCAGGGUUGGGACAGCGGUGACUUUUCUGAAAGGUUUAAACAGUUUGUGCAGUAUCAAGGAGUGCCUAACCCAAGUAACAUCAUCAUUCUGCUGUGUUUCUACACUUUAUUUCAAAUUUAGCUUUUUAAGAACUUGCAGUGCGUGGAAAUGCUUGUGCAUUUUUUACUAGUCACAGGGCAGUAGGAUACCAAGUGUUUGGAUUACGCACCUUUCAGUGAAAAGGCUUUAAACUAUAAAAUUACAUUUAAUCUGUAUAACCACUUAAUUAGAAUAUGCAGGUUAAUGGCCCACAUUUACAAGUUGUAGGAACCAGUAAAAUACAUGCAACAAGGCUGCCUUCAAUCCUAAGUGUUGUACUUCUUUCUUUGUUAUACACACUUCUUAGCAAAACCCAAGUGCUUGGUGCCACAACUUUAACAGUAUAUAUGCUACUUCAGAAGACUUUAGACUACACAUUGGCAUCAGUAGUCUCAUUUAAUAUCAAAACCUAGCAACCUGAAUGUUUGUGUGUGGACUUAGAAGCCUAACAGUAGUUAAUAUUUUACAUGGUAAAUACAAUCUCACACCAGGGGAGUGGGAGGGGGUGUCCUUUUACAGUGAAGAUGUAACUUUAGAGAAGGAGAAGCGUUUGUUGCCUUCUGCUCAGUCUGUUGCAUUCCUUUGUGUUGGUUUGCUUUUAAUCAUUUCAGUUUGAGAAGGCAUCUUCCCAGUUUAUUCUUUUUCUGGCUUUUCCACAUAAGGAGUGUCUGGACAAAUCUACAGUUUAAACCUGUUGUUGCCUUUUGUGGUGUACAUUGUACUUGCUUUGAGGUAUGCUGUUAACAUGAAUUUCAUUCUAUGAACACUAGAGUUCUGCAUGCCAGUGGUGUACUAUCUAACGGAAGCUAUAGGCAGUCUCAGUGGUUCAGUCAUCUGCAUUAGAUUGUGGAUGUAAAUAGCAGCCCACAACUGCAAAAUUUUUUCAUGGUUAUAAUCUUGCAAGAUAGUUGUAAAUGAAAAUUAGAGUUUCUUAAGUGUGGCAGCUUUUAAAAAUAAUGGAAUUGGAACAACAAUCCAGCACAGCAACAAGGUUGUCAUGUUACAAUAAGGCAGAGCUCUGCAAGUUUCAAAAAACUGCUUCACAGAAGUACAGAAUGUGAAGACAGUUAACACUGUUGAUGGAAGGAACAAAUACCCUGAUAUCCAACCGUGUGCCAUUAGUGGAAGAAUGCAGGAGAGGUGCUGUUAAUCAGAGGACAGAGGUGCAGAUGACCUCUGUUGUGGGUAAUCUUGAUGUUGAAGACUCAGUGGUUUAAGCCCCUUUCUGUCCAUUUUUUUGCCUGAUUUCAUAUUUUAGCCUUAAGGCUUGUGCCUCAUUAUGCUGUUGAAUGGUAAUAAAUACUCUCCGUAUAAAUAUGAUACCUUAAUUCUUUGUCCAUUGCUACUAUAUUGCAUUAUGUCCAGUAUUUCAUCAUGGGCAACCAAAGGCAGGCUAUUGUCUUUCAGUGAAUAGCUUCUUGAUGCAGUCCUUAUGCAGUAAGUACCUGAGUCGUAAAUGUUUCUUGUGUUUGAACAAAGUGAGCAGAUUUGCAACACAGUGUUUUCAUCCUGCAGAUCUGUUGUGUUUUCUAUUGACUCUUAAGAGUCCUGCAUGUAAAUCUCAAAGCUGAGCCUGGCUCCAUGAGCCCAAGUCGAUAUUUGUGGCACAGGAAUGAGUGAGUAUAUUAAUUACACACGAGAUACAUGAAUAACCUAGUACACUGAACUUGGGGCUAUAUAUCUGAGGAAUAAGAGGUUUGUUUUGAAAUAAUCUGAGGUUUAGGUCUACUGGAACACUUUUAGCAUUAGGCUUGCAUUUGUGGGUUUUCUGCAAGCCUAUUGAAUACACUAUGUAUUCUGACAAUUAGGGUAUAAUCUACAAACUGUAAAUUUCACAGUUGUUUUUCAAUGUCCCUGUUGUCUGUUGUGUGGGUAUUUUCACUUUUUUUUUUCUUUUUUUUUCUUUUUUCUUUUUUGUUUCUUUUUUUUUUUUUUGGAUAGCUUAAACCACAGUUUUGAGGCUUGAGACUAAUUCCACUCCCUGCCCAUCUGCUUUGGGCUUUGUUUUAGGCUCAUGUUUCAGAUCUGCAUGCAGUGCUUGCGUUACCCUGGUAACUAAAUGUUGGUUCCUUGUUAUAGGGGUUCAACAUUACUUUCCAAAAUCACAUAGGGCUUGUGAUGGCACAAGCCAUGGAUCUUUGUAUAAAAGUUAUUCACCUUUCACAUUUACCUGCUGUAGUAUUGUUGUAUAUUGUGUGUGUGCGUGUGUGUGACGUCAGGCUGCCAUGUAAAACUUAAAAGGGAAAAAAAACAAAAAAAAACCCCAACUUAAAUGCAGACCAUCCUUUUUUGCAUGCUUAGAGGGUUAGAACAUUCAAUGUAACAAACUAAAGUUGCAUGUUAAAAUGUUUAGGUUUUUGUUUUGUUCUGUUUUUAUUUUGUGUUCAGUUUUUUGUGAAUUUGCUUAUUGUGCUGUUUUAAUGGUUGUUAGUAGGAUUAAAUGCACCGGUGAGACGAGCAUAGUGCCAACGGAAGGUAAUUUUCCAGUUGUAUAUGUCAUACAGCAUUUGAAGGGACCAUGUAUUCUGUUAAAGAAAAAAAAUAAAAUUUCAGUUGAAUAGCAGAACGCUACAUUCUUCUUCUUUCUUUUGAGUGCCAAACCCUAAACUAUGCUGGAGUAAAGAUGGGGAAAACCCUUUUUGUUGGAAUAGGUAGAAGCAUUCUUUAAAUGGAUUGUUUAAACAUAGGGGCUUUAUCUUCAGAUAGAAUUUACUAGUUGUGUCAGGGAAAAGAAUUAUGGUAAAAACAGUUUCUGGUUCCUUGAAAAUGCUGUGCUUUUUGUAUUUUACAUCAUUAGUGCAAUUUGGAUGGUUCUUGGUAUGUGUAUAGUUCAGAGGUCUUCGUGUUCGCAUUUUUAAAUUAGGUAAUGAAUUCAUCUUUAGAGCUUGGUUUCUUUAUUUUUAUUUUAUUUUGAACAAUGUAGACAGUUCCCUGUUCUCUGCAUUUAGAAGUAUAAACACUUUAAAUUGUUACUUAAUUCUGUAAGUAAUUUUUAUAAUUAUGAUGUAACUCUAUCCUUAAAACAUUUAAAAUAAACCCUUUAUGUGCAACUUA